CAUAAACCCACAUCCUCCUCCCCACCCUCGACGACGAUGACGGCCACCAUUACCACCCCCAUUACUGAGCUCUUCGGCAUCAAGCAUCCCAUCCUGCUUGCAGGUAUGAACGUUGCUGCUGGCCCUGAGCUCGCCGCUGCCGUCACCAAUGCGGGUGGUAUGGGUGUUUUGGGCGGUAUUGGCUACACCCCCAAGAUGCUCCGCUCUCAGAUUGCUGAGAUCAAGAAGAACUUGAAGGAUCCCAACGGCCCCUUCGGUGUCGACCUCUUGCUCCCCCAGGUCGGCGGUAGCGCUCGCAAGACCAACUACGACUACACCAAGGGUCAACUCCCUGAGCUCAUCAAGAUCAUCAUCGAGGAGAAGGCUCGUCUCUUCGUCUCCGCCGUCGGCGUUCCCCCCAAGUGGGCCGUCGAGGAGCUUCACAAGGCCGGCAUCCCCGUCAUGAACAUGGUCGGCCACCCCAAGCACGUCCAGAAGGCCAUCGACGCCGGCUGCGACAUCAUCUGCGCCCAGGCCGGUGAGGGUGGUGGACACACCGGUGACAUCCCCGCUUCCAUCCUCAUCCCCGCCUGCGUCGACAUCUGCAAGGGCCAAAAGUCCAAGCUCACCGGCCAGCCCAUCUACGUUAUCGGUGCUGGUGCUGUCUAUGACGGCCGUGGACUCGCUGCCAACCUCGCUUGGGGUGCCCAGGCCGUCUGGGUCGGCACGAGGUUCGUUGCUUCCGUUGAGGCUGGUGCCCCCAAGAAGCACAAGGAGCUCGUGUUGAGCGCUGGCUACGAGGACGCUGUCACCACUCUCAUCUACACCGGCCGACCUCUGCGAGUCAGGAGGAACCCUUAUGUCGAGGACUGGAACGAGAACCGACGAGACGAGAUCAAGAGGCUCACCUCUCAGGGUAUCCUUCCUCACGAGGAGGAGCUCAAGAAGCGACCCGAGAUUUCCGCCGAGACCCGACCAUGGCUCAUGGGUCGCGUCGCCUCCGUCAUCCACGACAUCCUCCCCGCCAAGGUCAUCGUCGACAACAUGGUCAACGACGCCGCCCGCAUCCUUGAGGAGAACGCCUCUUUGGUCAAGGUUCGCCCACCUGCCAAGUUGUAAUUUACCCUAUACCUUUUAUAUUCCACAUUUCUUGCUUAACGCAUCUUUCGUUGUUGUACCACUGCAUAUUUAUCGAGGUU